CUUUGGUCAAUUGAGUUAAAUGUUGCUCUUGUCUCAGCUUCAGACUCACGUUUAAUAAACUGCAGUGCGUCUUCCUUGUCCUCCACAAAGAGGACAAAAUGAAGACAGACUAUUCUUUGGAGAAGAAUGGUGCACGAAGAGACUCUUUUUCAGUGGAUGGUAUCAGGUGGAGAAGUGGAUCUGUGGUCUCCGGUCCAGAAUAUACUGAUACUGAUCUGGACAACAGUGAAAUACCCCACCCGUCCCCGUUCAGAAAAUACCACAAGAGCCUUCAGACCCUCAAACCCUUCCGCUGGUCCUCCUCACAGUCCCACCCUUUGGACAAUGCAGGUUUUCUGUCCUUUACAACCUUUGCCUGGAUGACCCCCAUGAUGUGGGCUCUAUUCAGGAAUAAGUUGGACAUCAAGUCUCUCAACCUGUCCCCGUUGGAUGUGGCUACCACCAGCGGAGAGCGGCUUGAGAGACUCUGGGGGGAAGAAGUGGCAAAGGUAGGCCUGGAGAAAGCUUCUUUGGCUCGAGUGAUCAUUCGCUUUCAAAGAACCAGGCUGAUUCUGGCCGUCAUGAUUGGUGUUCUUGCCAUGGUGGCUGCGUUUCUGGGCCCGGCUGUUCUGGUCUAUAAGAUCUUAAACUAUGUUGAAGACCCAGGGGACUCCCCGGUGUCCUACGGUGUUGGUCUGGCCUUGGGUUUGUUCACCUCGGAGUUCUUCAAAGCCUUCCUAAUAUCCUUGCUGUGGGCGAUAAACCUGCGCACAGCUGUCAGAGUGAAAGGGGCCUUCUCAUCCAUGGCCUUUCAGAAAGUCAUCUCUCUGCGGGCGCACAGCAGCAUUUCAAUGGGAGAGAUGAUUAAUGUUUUGACCAAUGACGGCCACAGAUUAUUCGAGGCAGUGAUAUUUGGGAGCUUUUUGCUGUCUUCCCCAGUGCUCUUUAUUGUGUGUGUAGUCUAUUCCUGCCACAUCCUGGGCUACACCGCACUGACUGGAGUCUGCACCUACCUCAUCUUCAUCCCCAUACAGUUUUUGUUGGCCAAGCUCAUUAACAUUUUCAGAUGGAAAUCCUUGAUGAUAACAGACAGCCGUGUUCGCACAAUGAAUGAGAUUCUCAACAGCAUCAAACUUAUCAAAAUGUAUGCCUGGGAAGAUUCAUUUGAGAAGAAGAUUGCAGACUUAAGGAAAAAUGAGAAGAGAGAACUGCAGAAGGUCAGUUACAUCCAGAAUAUUAAUACCAGCAUCACAAGCAUCAUCCCCACCCUCGCCACCAUCCUCACCUUCAUCGUACACACUUUGUUGCACUUCAGCCUCAACACAUCCGAUGCUUUCACCACCAUCGCCAUCUUCAACUCCAUGAGGUUCUGCCUGGCUCUGCUGCCCAUGUCUGUGAAGGCUCUGGCUGAAGCUACUGUGUCACUGACCCGACUGAAGAAAAUAUUGAUGAUCCAGAAUCCAGAGCCAUACCUGAUGCAGAGUAAAGACAGCGACUCAGCUAUAGUGAUGAAAAAUGCAACAAUUUCCUGGACCAAACCAAAGAGCCAGCCAGACCCCCCUCCCAGCACGGAGAAUGGGGUGAAGGAACACAAGGUGGAUGAGGUGUCCCACAGUGAGAACACUAAAGCUUUGCCGACUCUGAGAAACAUCUCCUUCACACUGCCUAAGGGAAACCUGCUCGGUGUCUGUGGGAAUGUGGGGAGUGGAAAGACGUCACUGAUUUCCAGCAUUUUGGAACAGAUGCACCUUCUUGAGGGAUCCCUCACAGCUGACGGGACAUUUGCCUACGUUUCCCAGCAGGCCUGGAUAUUCCAUGGGACUGUUCAAGAAAACAUCCUGAUGGGUGAACCUCUUGACCAGGCCAAAUACGACAGAGUUGUGGAUGUCUGUUGUCUCAGAGCUGACCUGAAAAUCCUCCCAUAUGGUGACCAAACAGAGAUUGGAGAGCGCGGGCUCAAUCUGUCAGGGGGGCAGAAGCAGAGGAUCAGCCUGGCCAGAGCUGUCUACUCCAAUAAGGACAUCUUCCUCCUUGAUGAUCCACUGUCUGCCGUCGAUGCCCAUGUGGGGAAGCAUAUCUUUGAAGAAUGCAUUAAAAAGGAGCUCCAGGGAAAAUCCAUCAUACUGGUCACACACCAGCUGCAGUAUUUGGAGUUCUGUGAUGAUAUCCUGGUUCUGGAGGAUGGGGAGGUCCGGGAGGCUGGAGACCACCAGGCCCUGAUGAAAGUCAAUGGACGCUACGCUCAGCUGAUCAGCAACUACCAGAUGGAUUCCAAAACUCCAAGCAAGGAGGAGAAAGCGUCACCCCAAGACGCUGCCCAGCUGAAGGAAGUCGAGCAAAGAGAUCGCACAGACAGUGGGAUAGUGAACCCUGCAUUUGACAUAUCAGAUGAAACGGAUGAUGGAACAGAAGCCGACCAAAACUCUGCUGCUGUCAAGGUUGAUGAUCAGCUGGUCAAACAGGAGACCUCCACAGAGGGCGCCAUCUCCUGGAGAGUUUAUCAGCAGUACUGCCAGGCAGCUGGAGGCUAUAUUAUCACCUUCCUCACCUUCCUGAACAUUGUCCUGAUAAUUGGGUCCACAGCCUUCAGCAACUGGUGGCUCAGCUUUUGGCUGGGGCAGGGUAAUGGGUCACCCAAUACCACAACUUCCAACCAGGGGGACAUCUCACAAAACCCAAACCUGCACUUCUACCAGCUGAUUUAUGGCAUGAUGGUGGUUGUCAUGGUGGUGCUUGCCAUCAUCAAGUGCUUCUUCUACACUCACGUCACCUUGAAUGCCGCCUGCAAACUCCACAACACCAUGUUCAAGAAGAUUAUCGACAGUCCCAUGAGUUUCUUCGACACGACACCGGCAGGCCGCAUUCUCAACCGCUUCUCUAAAGACCAGGAGGAGCUGGACACUGUGCUUCCCCUCCACAUGGACCCUUUCUUGCAGUUUUGUCUAAUGGUCACUUUCACACUUGUCAUCAUCUCUGCUGUCUUCCCCCCCAUGCUCGUAGCUGUGGUUGUUAUAGGAGCUUUGUUCACCCUCAUUCUCUUCGUUUUCCAGAGGAGUAUCCGUCAGAUGAAGAGGAUGGAGAACAUCAGUCGCUCUCCCUGCAUCUCUCUCACCACCUCUACCCUGCAGGGCCUCAGCACCAUUCAUGCCUACAACAUAAGAGACAGCCACAUAAAACUGUUCAAGACCCUAAACGACAUCAACUCCAACCACUACUUACUCUUUAACUCUGGGACACGUUGGCUCUCCUUCUGGCUGGACUUCAUGGCUGCGAGCAUGACCUUGUUGGUGGCUCUGUUUGUAGUGCUCAGCAAAGAUGACUUCAUCAGUCCAGCCUUGAAAGGCCUGGCCAUGUCCUACACCAUACAGUUGACAGGCAUGCUUCAAUACGUAGUUAGGCAGUCGACAGAGGUGGAGGCGAGGUUCAGCUCGGUGGAACGGUUACUGGAAUACAUCACGAGUUGCAAGCCUGAGGCCGCCAGGCACAGAAAGGAGGCUCAGAUUCCAGAGGACUGGCCAAAGAGUGGAGCCAUCACCUUCCAGGACUAUAAGAUGAGGUACAGGGAGAAUACACCCAUUGUCCUGGAUGGACUCAGUUUCCACAUCAAGGGUGGAGAGAAGCUGGGAAUUGUGGGAAGGACAGGCUCUGGGAAGUCCUCCUUAGGCGUGGCUCUGUUCAGGCUGGUGGAGCCAUCUGAAGGAACCAUCUUGAUAGACGGAGUGGACAUCAUGGCCAUUGGUCUGCAGGAUCUGCGCAGUAAAUUGUCCAUCAUCCCCCAGGAUCCUGUGUUAUUCAUUGGCACAGUCAGGUACAACCUAGAUCCCUUUAAUAACUACACCGAUGACGAGAUCUGGGCAGCGCUGGAGAAGACCUACAUGAAGGACUCUAUCUCCAGACUGGAGGGGAAGCUACAGGCACAGGUGCUGGAGAAUGGAGAGAACUUCUCUGUAGGAGAAAGACAACUGAUCUGUAUGGCUAGAGCACUGCUCCGUAACUCCAAGAUCAUUCUCUUGGAUGAGGCAACAGCCUCCAUUGAUGCAGAGACAGAUGCUCUGAUCCAGAACACCAUCAGAGAGGCCUUCCAGGACUGCACCAUGCUCACCAUUGCCCAUCGUAUCAAUACUGUGACGCACACAGAUCGUAUCCUGGUCAUGGACAAUGGAGAGGCAGCAGAGUUGGACCACCCAGAUGUGCUGAGGCAAAGACCAGACUCUCUGUUCUCCUCACUCCUGGCAGCUUCUAACACUACGAACACUUGAACCACAUGCGACCUGUGACACCGCAGCACAACCGCACCGUGAUCACUGUAAUAUAUUAAUAGUUAUUCAUUCACACAACCAUAUCUUAAUCAGAAUUCUCACAUUCUAAUCUGGACUAAUGUGCUGGUGUGAGGUGUAACUGAGCAGCAGAGGCGUGGUUUCAAGUUAAUGCAGGA